UCCUGAGACGUUCAAAUAAAAAGGUUUUUAUAGAGGUUCAGAUUAUACCGGCCAUUACUAAGUACAGAGCGGAAAAUUCAAAGGGUAGUGGUUGGGAGCAAGAGAUGGAAAAGGCGAUUUCAAAGGGGAGCGGCCGCCGAACUCCUGGUAGAGAAAAGUCGUCGUUAGAGGUGAACAUAGAACCCUCCAAAAACCUCACGGUUUUCGAGUCUCUACAGAUGUAUCUGAUAGUUCCUAGCGAGAGAAUUAUAUUUUUACUCUUCAGACCACACGCACUCAAAUUUGUCGACCCCACCUUUGCCGCUCGGAGCACUUUAGCUAGUAUCGUAGUGGAGCAACUUCGGGAGUUGUUAGGCUCCAAGAAGAACGCACCUAGGAACAUUGCCAGUUGGUGGAUAACCCUAGCUAGUACGUUGCCUCGCUAUGAUAAUUAUUCACAUUUUUGCCUGGUCUUCCUUUAUUGCCUCAUCGGUAUUUUUCGCGUCAACCUCCCAAUCGCUUAUGGCGAGAAGGAAGGGGCCUUCUAUCGACUACAAGCCGAAAUAAUGCAGCACAGCGAUGACGAAACCUUGUUCGACUGGGAAGGAGAAGCAUCAACCUACAGUAGUCUAUUUGCAGCAUCCCCCGCAUGCUUUGAGCACCAUCGUGGACGCAAAUCUCAGAGGGCUUCACUCGAUCCCAAUCGCACAUCCCUUUCCGGUGCCAAUUACGUCACACGCAAGUCUCUA